UACAAAGACGUUUAUAGCAUUGGUGUGCUAUUGUUCAUCAAAUUGUUGGAAUGAAUUCAAGAAAACAAUUGACACGCGAGUGAGAGAGCUACUUCAUAGCAUAUAUUCCGCAAAUUACGAACAACAAUGAUAACAACCGGUUAAUGCAGCUGAUUAGACGCUCAAUUGCCCCCAGGCGGCACCCUUAAAUACGCUCGGUGUGAAGUAUAUAAGUUAGUGCCAGUUGCGUUCUCUCAGAAAUCAGAUACACAGCUAGUAGUCAGUAACACAACAAAAUGCAUUUUGGCGUCUUGGGAAGCGGUAUUAUUGGUUUGACAACCGCUUUGGAGUUGCAGCAACAGUUUCCCACAGCACAUGUGUCUAUCAUUGCCGAUCGCUUCAAUGAGGAUACUGUCAGCUAUGUGGCGGCGGGCAUUUUUCGUCCGGGAACCAGUUUCAUGGGCCCCACCCAGGAAAUUACUCAACAAUGGAUGACCGAUGCGUUCAACUACUGGGAUGACAUACGGCGAUCUAAGGAGGCGCCUCUGGCUGGUGUAUGCCAGUUGUCUGGAUACAUUUACUCACGCACAACGCCGUCAAUCGUUAGAAACCAUUUCAUCGAGAAACUUUUGCCGGUGUAUCGGCGUGCCACUGAGGAGGAACUGCAGCUGUGUCAUGGCGGCUGGAAAUAUGGAUCGUUCUUUACCACCUGUCUAACCGAGAGCCGCCUGUUUUUGCCAUAUGCUACCAAAAAAUUCUUAGACAACGGUGGCAAAGUGGUGCGCCAGCAUGUCCAGAGCUUUUUCGAUGUGCCGCAAAACUUUAACGUUCUUCUCAAUUGCACAGGUAUGGGCGCUAAGGACCUCUGUGGCGAUCAGCAUUUAGUUCCCAUACGUGGACAGGUACUAAAAGUGCGUGCGCCCUGGAUUAAGACGGCUUUUUAUGGUGAUCUUGAUACAUAUGUGCUCCCAGGAUUUGAGACUGUGACUCUUGGCGGCUGUCGACAGUACGAUAGCUACAACACUGAGUGGUGCAAAUACGACAGCAUGGCCAUCAAGGAACGUUGCUACAAUUUGCUUCCUAGCUUGAAGAAUGCGGAGAUUGUGCGUGAGUGUGUAGGACUGCGCCCACAUCGUUCAGUAGUGCGUGUGGAGCCUGAAUUGGUUAGCAACGACCAGGGUCGUCACUUAAAGAUUGUGCACAACUAUGGACAUGGUGGAUAUGGAGUAACCACAGCCCCGGGCACUGCGAAGUAUGCUGUGAAGAUUGUCCGUGAUAUGCUCGCAGGCAACAGCAAGCUGUAAAGCCGUAUAACAUAUGUACUUUAUUUUCUGUUUGUGCAAUUUAUAUAAUUAUAAUAAAUGUUGUUGCAUUUUA